GGUUUAAGCUAGUUUUCCUUCCAAUGGAACAUUAACGUCUGGCGGUGCGGGGUGAGACUGUACUGGUGCCGCUUUAUCCUCCUCACACCACUGUAUUAGCGACCACUGUUGGCUUCUUUUCCUGCGCACAGUCCAACCAUGCCGAAGAGGAACAAAGCAGAGACAGCGACCGAGUCCGCGCCCAAGAGGAGGUCUUUGAGACUGAAGGAUGUGAGCACAAAGCCAGAGACUGUAAAAGCAGAGACCAAAGCAAAGCCAAAGAAGGGACCUGCGAAGGGAAAGAAAGCGAAGGAUGUGGAAAAGGCCAAGCCUGAGGAGAAGGCCCCGGAGGCCCCUGCUGAGAACGGUGAAGCCAAAGCUGAGGAGGAGGCACCCGCUACAGACGCAGCUGACGAGAAAGACGAGGCCGCCGAAUAAUACCGCUCACAACACAUCUCCUACCAGUGCUCCCUGUACCUCUUUUCUUGUACAAUUCAGGGGAAUAUUUUUAUCAACUAUUUUCUAAAUACAGGUUUUUUAGUAGUUUGAUUGUAGAGAACACUUUUUUUUUUAACCGAAAGAGGAGAAAAUAAAUUUGGAGACGGGAAAAUUUUAACCACAUCCCAGAUUCUUGGAUUCACCAGGAAAGUCAUUGUUGUUGCCAUCAGUGGAUUUCAUUUCAAUUAAUGUGAAGGCAGGGAGGGGCGUUUGGUGCGGGGUCAACAACUGGAGGCGGCGUGCGUGGAUCACAUUCCAUUAGCUUUAUAAGGGACGGUGAUUGUGAUCUGUGCCCGGCGAGGGAAAUGGACAAAAUCACAGUGCGACUUUGUUGUUUCUACUGAUGAGCAGUGUUUUAUGUGAGCUUCUUCACCCUUGUUUACUGUUGUAAUCAUGCAGUUUUGUUUUUGUUUUGUUUUUUUUUCAUAAAAAAUCUGAUCAAUAAACGGUCCCUUGUUCUGGAGCUCUCCCUAUCCAAACUGUGCAUCUCAUGUGUUGGUUGUGUCCCUGUUCUGUGAUAGCAUUGCAAUAAAAGUUGUAUAGCUGCUGUGAAAAA